UCCAUUCUCCAUUUCCUUGGCCAUUAACGGAGAUUCAGAUCCCAUAUUCUAUCCUCUUCGCCAUCUCUUUCUUCGUCCUUGCGAUGCUCAAGAAAUCAAUCUCCAAGAAAUCCAUCAAAACCCUUCCCCCAGGGCCAUUCAAAUUACCUAUCAUUGGAAACUUACACCAACUCGCAGGGUCACCACCCCAUCACGCCCUGAAAAAUCUAGCAGACAAGUAUGGAUCCUUCAUUCACCUUCAACUUGGAGAGCUGUCCCAUGUUGUUGUCUCUUCCACAGAAAUUGCCAAACAGAUCAUGAAGACCCACGACACCACCUUCGCUAAUCGACCUGCUCUUGUUGCCACCACACUAUUACCAACAACACAGGCAUAGCUUUCUCUCCUUAUGGAAACUAUUGGAGGCAACUUCGAAAGAUUUGCACUUUAGAGCUUUUGUCUGCCAAGAGGAUCCAAACAUUCAGAAUCAUUAGAGAAGAGGAGGUGUCAGCACUUGUGAAGGAUAUAUCUGAACACGAAGGUUCCGUCAUCAAUCUCAGCGAGAAGCUUUACGAGCUCACAAAUUUUGUCACUGCACAAGCAGCCUUUGGUGCCAAGACCAAGAACGUUGAAUAGAUCUUAUCAUUGAUGAAGCAGACCCUAGAGUUGGUGAGUGGUUUCUCUGUUGCUGAUCUCUUCCCAUCGCUCAAAAUCCUUCAAGUGAUCACUGGCAUAAAAGCUAAGAUUGAUGGAGUGAACAAGGAGCUUGAUCUGAUGGUCAGGAAUAUCAUCAACGAUCAUGAAGAAAAGAAGAAUCGCAGUCGUAUUGGUAACACAGAAGAUCUGGUUGAUGUUCUCCUAAGGAUUCAGAAGGAAAAUAACCUUGAAAUCCCUUUUACUGAAAGGAACAUUAAAGCUAUAAUAACGGAUGUUUUCCUUGGCGGAUUGAAACAUCAGCAUCCACAGUAGAGUGGUCAAUGUCAGAACUUCUUAGAAAUCCCAACAAAAUGAAGAAGGCACAAGAAGAGGUAAGAAGGGUUUUCAGAAGCAAAGGAUAUGCAGAUGAAUCAGAGUUUCAUCAUUUGACAUAUGUAUCAGCAGUCAUAAAAGAAACUCUGAGGCUACACCCACCUUUGCCACUUUUACUUCCAAGAGAAAACAGUGAGAUCUGUGAAAUUAAUGGUUAUGAAUUGCCACCUAAGACUAGGGUCAUCAUCAAUGGCUGGACCAUUGGAAGAGAUCCAAAGUAUUGGUAUGAAGCUGAGAAGUUUGAACCAGAAAGAUUCCUGAAUGCCUCAGUUGAUUACAACUUUACGGCAGAGUUUGAGUACAUGUCGUUUGGUUCAGGAAGGAGGGUAUGUCCUGGAGUCUCAUUUGCUACAGUUCUUAUUGAAACCAUGCUUCGCAAUUUGCUUUACCACUUUGAUUGGAAACUUCCUAAUGGGUUAGAGCAUGAAAAGUUGGACAUGACUGAGAAAUCCAGUCUUACAGUGAGCAGAAAAAACGAUCUUUGCUUGAUUCCUAUCAGAUAUUACCCUUAAUUAUUUGUCUGCGUUAAUCAUAUUAUAUAUCUAUGUCACCCUUGUUGAAUAAUCAUAUAAUUUCAGAUUUUUGGAGAAUAAAGUUUAUUAUUUAAACGUC